CCAUGCAUCACUCCCUCCAUUUAAUUCCCUUUGCCAUCUUCACUACGAAACUCAACAACCCCCCAACCGCACUUUCCCUUCCUCUUCUUCUUUUUCUACUUCUUCUUCUUCUUAUUAUUAUUCUUCUUCUUCCUCUGUUUUCAUUGCUAAUUUCAAAUGUUGCCGGAAAAACUCUCCUCCGGUGGCAGCCGGCACCCAAAACCUAUAUCAGAUCAUAGUCAACACCCACUCAAAUGCCCUCGUUGUGAUUCCCCCAACACCAAAUUCUGUUACUACAACAAUUAUAGCCUAACUCAGCCUAGGUAUUUCUGCAAGACCUGUCGCAGAUACUGGACCAAAGGUGGGGCGUUGCGCAAUGUUCCAGUCGGCGGUGGCUGCCGGAAAAACAAGAAGCUUAAAUCGUCGUCGUCUUCGUCGUCAUUGAGGCUGCCGUCGUCGUCCAAGGAUGACUCAGGUUCGUCUAAUUUGGAAAUUGGCCGGUUGGGUUUCUUCGUCAAUGGUUUUUCGUCGGGUCAAUUGAGUGGAAGUCGAAAUUCGUCUUUCUCCUCUGCUCCGUCGAUGGGUCUCUACGAUCAGUUUGGAGGGUUUUCUCUUGAUCAAUCGAGAAGUUUAAAUAAUUCCUUCAUUCCUUCAACUGGGUUUGUUAAUUCGCUGAAUGUAGACACGAGUCUUGCGUCUUCGAUUGAAUCUUUGAGCUCUAUGAACCAAGACCUUCACUGGAAAUUACAGCAGCAAAGGCUAGCGAUGCUAUUUGGAUCAGGACAUAACAAUACCGCCAUUGAUAAAAACAGGGGAGUUUCCUCUCCAAUCGCAUUUGAAGAUCACGGCCAAGAACUGAACCCAGGCUCGUUUCGGAAUCUGGAGAUUUUGAAACCGGAGGCUUGCAAUAAUUCUUCCGAUUUCAGUAAUGCAAGAAAAGAAACCGUCGUCGUUGCCGGAGCCAGAGCAGGAGGAGAAUCUGCGGUGGCGGACGAGUGGUUCUUUGGGGAUUCUUAUACGGCCCCCUCAAUGACGACGGGAACGGCGGCAGCAGGAUAUAACUCCGGCGACAGCGCCGCCCGGUGCGAUGAUGUUCAGGAGUGGCACGAUUUGCAUCCAUACACCCAUUUACCGUAGACUGGGAGGUAAGCCAUCCCCCACCCACAAAGAAAUUAUUAAGAAAAGAAAAACGUUGAUGUAAAAUAUGAUCAACGUUUUCAGCUGAAUUUUCUGACGGUUAUUUGUUAGAGAACACAAACCAAAAUUGGAAAUGAGUGUAUAAAUUCAAAGUGCUCUAUAAACUUCAAAUUAUCAUAUGAUUGAGAAUUGUUAUCAA